AGUGAUGUCAGUAAACACUAGCCGGCUGUCUCCGUGGCAGCCGGGGCUGGAGAAGUGGGAGAGGAGGUCGGAGGCUGUGAGUACAGAUCUGUCCAGAAACUUUCUCUGUGCAGAAGCUUCCUGUAAUAGAGCGGCAGUGACCAAUCUAUCUCCUUGUGCAGGGUGACUGGUCUUGUAUCCGCCCCUCCUGUAAUCUUCUGCAGGCAGCUUGUGCACAGACUAUCUACGGCGCAGUGAUAAUGUCACCACUACUUUUACAAGCAAUGGCUAAAGACUCGCUGUCAGAAGCUGGGCUGCACUUUGAUGAGCUUAACAAGCUGCGCAUCUUGGAUCCCGAUGUCUCCCAGCAAACCACGGAGCUCAAGGAAGAAUGCAGGGAGUUUGUAGACAAAAUCGGUGAUUUUCAGAAAAUAGUGGGCGGAUUAAUCGAUAUGGUGGAUCAGCUGGCUAAAGAAACAGAAAACGAGAAGAUGAAGGCUAUUGGUGCUCGCAAUCUGUUGAAAUCCAUCUCUAAACAACGAGAAGCACAGCAACAGCAACUACAUGCAUUAAUAGCAGAGAAGAAGAUGCAACUAGAAAGGUAUCAGAUAGAAUACGAAGCUCUUUGUAAAGUAGAAGCAGAGCAGAACGAAUUUAUUGACCAAUUCAUCCUUCAGAAAUAACAGUUACUGCUAAUGGACUGGGGAUUUUUUUUAUUGGAAUGUUUUUCAGAAACUUGUAUCAUUCCCAGUUCUUUCAUGUAAUGGCACCCCAGAUCAUUUCUGACAGCAGACCUGAUUAUGAGACUCUUCUUGGUCCUGUGACUUUCAAGCACUUGUCAUAACCAGUUUGUACAUUUUUAAAACCUACAAGCCUAUUCCUGUGAAGAAAUCUAUUACAGACCCUGUUGUAGGGUACAUUCACGUCUCUGCAUUUUGGAACAGUGGUUCAAAAAAAUUGUUAAAUGUUUUGGUGCCUGUUCUAUCAGACGUCACCUUCCAUAAGUAUGACCACGUAGCAACAACCCGCUCUCAUGCAGGGGGGUGAAUGUGGCCUUCAUUUCAGGAGCUGCUGACCUCUAUCUAUGAGGUACAUUCAUGGAAAUGGGCAUUUUAUUAAUUUAAUGCAUUUUAACACGUGUCUUCCAAAGUUACUACCUCCCAUUCUGUAUGUAAUCUGAAGAAAUUAUAACACAUGUACAUUUCAAUUUACAUAAAAUACCAUUCAUCCAACUCCAAGAGGGAUAUACUGGAAACCACACCUAAUCUGCACCAAGUAGGAACACAAAUGCGGUGCAGGUGGCAUACUGACAUCGGGUACAGAACGUUGGUGCACUUUAGGGGCAGCUGAACGUGCAUUAAACCAGCCUAAGCUCAGAAACGUCUGUUUUUAGACAUACCGUAAUUGUGUUUUAUUUAUUUUUUAUUAAGUAAUGCAACAACCCAUAGCAACCAAUCGGAAUUUACUUUUAUAGAUCUGACCUCUGUAAGCUGAAAUCCUAUUGGUUGUUAUGAGUUACUGUGUUUAGUGGUGUCAUCCACAGUAAGUAUUUAAGUACAUUUCAAUUUAUUUUAACCAAUAUGCAUUGAUGUAAGUAAUUUUGAGGCCAGGGGGUACAUACUGGUUUAAUUGCCACUCGUGGUAAGGCAGGUAUUGUGUUUACACUAUUUUUUUUUUUUUUU